ACUCACUCACCCACCCACCCAUCAGCAGCCACCGUCAUCAAACGGCAGUCAUUCUUCCCUGUACAUUUGAGAGCUUCAUUUCAACGGAGGUUGUUCUUUCUCUGCUAACUCUUUGGAGUAGCAUCUAUCAACCCACUAUUUUCAAAGGAGAACUGAGCACCAAGAUAUUUAUGGGACAUUAAUUACAGGCAGAAGAGAUUCUCUGAGAACAUUUCAACAAGAGCAGCUACAAAGUAGAGUGUGUCUCUGGUUGUGAAGGGAGGAUCUGACAAACAACACUUCCUGAACCCCUGCCUGUGCCCUCCAACAGCAGCCAAAAAUGGGGAAUGCCAAAAGCAGUGCUAUGUCCAAGGAGAUCCUGGAGGAUCUCAAACUCAAUACCAAAUUCACAGAGGAUGAACUGUCACAGUGGUACGAGAACUUCAAGAAGCAGUGUCCGUCUGGCCGUAUCACACCAGAAGAGUUUAAAAAGAUCUAUGAACGCUUUUUCCCAGAAAGUGACGCCACAUCAUACGCCCAACACGUCUUCCGCUCCUUUGACACGAACGAUGAUGGAACAUUGGAUUUCAAGGAAUACAUUAUCGCUCUACAUAUGACAUCAACUGGAAAGACGGAGCGGAAGCUGGAGUGGGCCUUUUCACUCUUCGAUGUUGACAAGAACGGAUACAUCACAAAGGCAGAAGUGACAGAAAUCUGCCAGGCAAUCUUUAAGCUGAUCCCCAAAGAGGACCAAGAUAAUCUUCCAGCAGAUGAGAACACUCCUGAGAAAAGAGCAGACAAACUGUGGUCGUACUUCGAUAAAAAAGAAAAUGAACGAUUGGCUGAGGGUGAGUUUAUUCAAGGUGUUCUUGACAACGAAGGCGCUAUCCACCUUAUUCAAUAUGAGCCCACAAAGUAACAAUAAAACAAGAAUAAUAACACUUGUAUUUUUAUUAUCAUAUGGUUUCCUUUUGUGCUUCCCCCUUUUCUUGUUUUCAUUUUGUUUGUUUUUAACUUUCACCCCUUUAAUCUGUGCACAUCUGUCUGUUUCUUGUAGUAGGACAUUAAUUUUGUCAAUAUCUGAAAGCCCAUUAACUGCAAUAUUUUGAGUUAGUCGUGACAGAUGGAGUGAGGAUAGUGAUUAUUAUUAAAGGUUGUAAACUGAUAGUAAAGUGUCACUUCUGGGAAGAUGUGUUGAAAUGUGUGAAAAAUUUAGACUUUUUGACAGAUGAAAUUAUAACGAUACUCUUGAUCUGUAAGUAAGCAUUUUUUUUCUUUAUGAAUUGAAAUGAGAGCAAAAUAAUGCAUGUUUUUCUUGUAAAAGAAGUAAAAUACAGAUGAAGGCCAACUAAACUUCUAGGCUGUUGCCAUAAAAAAAAAUUAAAAUGAAAAUGAAAAAAAAGAAAAAAAAGAAAAUGACUUAUCAUCCAGGAAGAUUGCACAAUAUAUACAAUAAUGUCUGUCAUUUAAAUGAUGCAAAUGAGUUUAUUAAUGAGGAAUAAAACUGAAACUGUAAAAGCUA